AUGGUAAGACUUAAUAAAGAAUUACUUAUUAGUAGGGGUCUAUUACCUGGACAUAAUAAUCCUGCUGCUGCUGCUGCUGCUGGUAGUGGUAGUGCAGCAGCAGGAGCAACAGGUGCAGCAGGAGGUCCAGGUGAUAUAAGGAAAGGGAGGGGUGGUCUUGGUGCUGCUGCUGCUGCUGCUGCUGGGGAUAAUUCAGAUAGCAGCAGUAGUGAUAGCAGCAGCAGCGAUAGCAGCAGCAGCAGCAGCAGUGAUUCUCUUAGUUCUUCUACUACUAGUAGUGAUAGUGAUUCAGAUGAUGGCAGCAGCAGCAGCAGCAGCAGCAGCAGCAACAGGAAUAUUCAUCAUCAUCAGCAGAUGCAGCAACAGCAGCAGCAACAUGGUGGUGGUCCUGGUGCUGCUGUUACUAGAGGAGCAAUACCUGCAGCAACAAAUCCUGCUGCUGUUGGUGGUACUGCUGCUGCUGUUGCUGUUGCUGCUGCUGGUGGUGGUUGUGGUAGUGUUGCUGCUGCAGGUGUUGCUGCUGCACCUGGUAUUACAGCAGCUGUUGGUGCACCACCUGCUGGUACUACUACUGCUGCUGCUGCUGCUGCAGCUGCUGCUGCAGCUGCUGCUGGUGGUGGUGGUGGAUACAGCAGUACAUCUGCACCAACAGGUGCAGCAGCAACAACAGCAGCACAACAACAAACAGCAGCAACAGCAGCACAACCAUCAACAGCACCUGCAUCAUCAACAUCAGCAGGACAACAGCAAUCAUCUUCUUCCUCAGCAGCAGCAACAGCAGCACAACCCUCCUCAACAGGAUCAUCAGCAGGAUCAGCAGCAGGAUCAGGAUCAGGAUCAGCAGCAGCAGCAGCAGCAGCAGGAGGAGGACAGAAUCCUCUACCUGAAUAUAAACCAGUAGCAGAGGAUGGAGAAAAGGUAGAAAUAAGAGAAGAAUUAAUGGGUAGACAUGCAGAUUUCUUGGGUAUUAUUGAUUCACAACAACAUGAAGAACAUCUUAUGGGAGGAGGAGUAAUAGAGGAGCCAAAGACAACAGCAUGGCAAGAAUGGAAAGGACAAGUUAUUCAUCAAGGAUUUGCAGCAGAAAGGAAACCACAACCUCAACGUACACCUAGUGAAUUAAUUGCUGAGGCUUAUGAUGCAAGAAUAUAG